GUGCAGUGUCAUGGUGACAGAUCCAUCAGCUGCUGCUGAGGGCAUGCCAGAGGAAGCAGCAGCUGACCGACGGAAUUCAGCAAAGAAAACCCCGCGAUCUCGACAGAACACACCUGCGAGCUGAGCGGUGACGUCGUUGUUACCUCCCGCUUUGGUGCGACCACAGGGACCGGUCUUGCCACUGCUGAUUUCCUGGUUGCGAAUGACGCUGGUAUCCUGCUCAAAAGGAUUGGGCGUCGCGCCAUUCCGGGGAGUCGAAGCGAGGAUGCCUAGAGAGUGCCGUGAGCGACAGUUGUGGGGCCGAGGAAAAUGUGGACCAACCGAAGCCUGCGCCUGCCACGCCAUUCGCGCCUUGGAUCUUGGUAAUCGUUCCGUGCGCUGACACGUUCAACGUGCAGGUGUGAAGGAGAGCGACGAAAACAAGAAGAGCGCGAGACAGCAUGGUGAUUAUUUGAAAGAGGAUGGAGGAUACUUGGGCGGCUGGCCGAUGUAGAUCGCAGAAAAGAUAGUAGUGAAGCGUGGAACAGGACUAGCCUGGGUAUUACUGCAGUAGAGAAGUAGUGGAAGAUUGAGCUGAGGAUGAACGAGCUUUCGUCUUGCUUUUAUACCGAGUUUACGAUUUAAACUCCAUUGAGCAGCCGUAGUCGUUGUCGUAGUUGCAAGAUUAAAAUAGACAAUGACAUCUUGCUGGCCCCUCAUCGAGACGGCAGAUUGACGAGAAAGAGUCAACGACGCAGGAUCGUGACGUGCAUUGCAUUGCGCGUCGACGGCAGUGUUCGCAUUUGGAAAGGGAUAAUCUUCGGGAACAUUCCAGGCGACUUAGGAGGACAGCUGAAUGCUUCGAGAGGGCAACUGUCCAUGACAAAGUUGACAGUCCGCAACGAGCUUGCUGAACGAAGGGACGACGGGGGGACGAUUGUCAAGGUUAUUUUAAUACCAGCUGUUGUCGAGCUUAGCAAUAAUAUGUUUGCUCUGACAUCACCAGACGAUUGGCAUUGAAAGAGCCGCCUCUACUGAGAUCGUUCGAGGGGAAAUGCCUCUGUGUAUGGGGGCCUUCGGGUUCAUCGGAUGCUUGCAUGAUUCGGGCUGACUGAGAGAGGGAGAGGGCUGAGUAAUCCGGAGGCGGCAAACAAGCACGUGCUUGCGCCUACCUUGAAGGCGCUUGCAGUUCUUGGGCAUCAGCCAGGGCUGUUCCCCUCCACCUCUUAUCGUUCGUCAGCAUGGCCACCGCGGCGUCGCCAGCUGUCACAUCUCAUACAACGAGCCAACCUGUCUCCCCGGCAUCCGUAUCCUACCAGAAUAACCACAUCGACCUCACAAGCGACGACGACGAUGACGAUGACACGACCGAUUACUCUAGGUUUGCGAAGCGGCCACGCGUCGAUUCAUCGAGAGUGUCGCAGUCCGGCCAGUUUCCCUCGGCCAUCCCGACAACAAACGCUCGUCCCAAUUAUCAGCCGUAUGCGCCCUCGAAUUUGAAUCCCAUCGCCUACCGGCCUGCUUUCGCCUCAGCGACUCCAUCUGCCUUUGUUUCUGCGCCGCCUUCUGUCCCUGCCGUCGCUCCUCCCCGCGCUUUCCAACAACCCGUCGCUGGUCCAUCGAGAGUGCCUUCUGCCGCAGGACCGCACGUUAUUGAUCUCACAACGUCGCCUUCGCCUCCUCCUCCUCUCAUGAACGGACCCCCGAACCUUCCGGCAGAUCUCCCGCCGAAGACGCCUGUAUGCAUCGGACAACUCGGCGUUACAGCUCUUGUCUUAUAUCCGACGCAAUACCUGCUUCCAUCCUCAAACAUGCACGAGGAAUGGGCACCAGUCCGUCUGCAGUACGAACACAGCCCUACCAAGCCUGUGGGCUCGACGGAAACGAUCCAUAUCAAGGCACCGCAGGGACGGGGGGCGAACGGAGAACAACUGAUGGGCGAGGCGUUUGGUGUGGUGGAGCAAAAGGUGGCAUCUGCGUUGGGGCCCAUGUUGGGAAAGGGUCUUAUCCGUCUAGACGCGAAAAUAGAUUACCCGUUCUCCCAGCUUCCUAUCCUGCCUCUCCAAAUGCUCGUUUACACGCCCAAGGGCAACAUCCCUGUCGUUGGAAACUACCUACAUCAAUGCGGGUUGCUCCUCGAUCAUCCUUCACCUCCAUACGAUAUGUUUCGCAUCCUUGGGCAGAAUCAGCAUUAUCACAACCCGCACAAUCCACCACCAGGCGGCCAUCGCCCUCAGCAAGCCCGUCCUUUCGUCCAGCAAUCGAACAUGAGCCGAUGGAGUACGCCUCAGGUGUCGGGCAAGAGCGUAGAGGUACAGAGAAGUCAAGUAGACGAGCUAUUCCAAAGCCUGAAGAGUGGCGAUGAAUUGAUGGAGACGGAACCCAGUUCGGAUGUGGCGACCAGGCUGUAUCCGCACCAGAAGAAAGCAUUGACCUUCUUGUUAGAACGAGAACGGGAGAAACCGGGGCCAGACGGGAAGUUCUCUUCUCUAUGGCAGCAACGCGGCCAUACUUCACAACCUAACUGGUUCCACACGAUCACCAUGAAAGAGACAUACCAGGAACCUAAAGAGGCCAAGGGUUCCAUCCUCGCAGAUGAUAUGGGUCUCGGGAAAACGAUCACAUGUGUUUCUCUGAUCGCUGCGACUUUACCUUCUGCUCGCCAAUUCGCAUCGACCCCUCCGGACUCCUUCGCUCACAUUCGCGACGACUCGGAGCCACCGUCCCCCUCCGGCUUCGCAGGCAGCGUAUGGAACAUGCCAGAUACCGCUGCGUCCAUCAAGGCGAAACAAAAGGCCGCCCGAGCGCAGGAGAAGCUGGACGCCGAGCACGUGCGAGCGUCGCGAAUCAAAGCCAAGAGUCGCGCGAGCUUGAUCAUUUGUCCGUUGUCGACUGUGUCGAAUUGGGAAGACCAGUUCCGGGAGCAUUGGCGGGGGCAAGUGCAUGUCGUCGGAGGCGCAGGCGGAUGUGUGCCCGCCACGGCUUCGCAGGCGAUGACGCAGGCUCUGUCCAAUCCUUCGACGUUCCUCGAGGAUGGCAAGUCCCAUGGAUCUCCUCUGCGCGUUUAUAUCUACCACGGCAAUGCCCGCAGACCCGAUCCCGCCUACCUUGCCGAUUUCGACGCCGUCAUCACGACAUACUCGACCCUUGCAUCGGAGUACUCCAAGCAGAACAAGAGCAUCGUCAAUGCUGAGGCAGAAGACGACGACGACGACAGUAGCGACGGAGGAAUCGAGAUCGACGAGCGUGGGAUGCAGGUUCUGAAGCUGCCCAAGGCGAAAAAAGGUUUAAAGCGGAAAAAGAGUGGGAUCCCUAAUGGUGGAAUGGAGGUUUCGAGUGCGCUGCAGAGCAUCCACUGGUUCCGAGUGGUCCUUGACGAGGCCCACUGCAUCAAGGAGACCGGAACCGUUGGCAGCCGGGCAUCCUGUGAUCUUAUGGCUGAUCGGCGAUUGUGUCUGACGGGAACUCCGGUGCAGAACAAACUCGAUGACGUGUUUGCUCUGAUCAAGUUCCUGCGAUUGGAGCCGCUCGACGACAAGAAUGUGUGGACGGAGUACAUUGGCAGCCCCGUCAAGUUUGGACAAGCUCUUGGUGUAGCACGGCUGCAGAUGAUUAUGAAGUGCAUCACCCUGCGCCGCACCAAGGAAUCGAAGAAGCAGGACGGCAGCAAGAUUCUUGAUCUUCCUCCGCGGCGAGAUGAGCUGCGUUAUCUCAAGUUCGAUGAGCAAGAGCAGGACAUCUACGACCAGUUCUACCACGAAUCCAAAGCGGAGUUCGAGGACCUCACAGACAAGAACGAAGUGAUGAAGAAUUACGUGGGCAUCCUGCAGAAGAUUCUGCGUCUUCGACAGAUUUGUGACCACUGGGAGCUUGUCGAAGGCAAAGGUCUUGGGCAACAACCAGAUUCCGCCGCCUCCUACGAGGACAUCGUCGCUGAUGUGUACCGCGAUGGCAUCAAUCCGGCACGGGCGGCGGCCAUCUUCGCGAUCUUGCGAGAAUCGUCUACGACGCAGUGCGUCGAAUGCGGCGGUGAGCUGUACAACGGGAGCAGUGAUGUGGCCCAGGACAUGGAUACCGACGGCCCCUCUGGGUCCAAACGCACUCGCAAAACGAAGGGGACGACGUCGCGAGGCCCGACACGAGCGAACAGCCCGUCAGCAGCCCCCCGGCCGGUGCUCACGCGUUGUCAACACCUGUUCUGCAUCGAUUGCUAUCGGGCGUGCAUCUGUCCGGGAUGGCCGAACGUCCCGGCGGACACCCGCCGCUCGUGCUCGGCCUGCCAGACCGGCCUGAGUCCUCUGGAUGCGGUGGAGAUCAAGCCCGAUGCGGGCGAAACCACAGCAAAGAAGAAGCCCGCCAAACGGGAGAAGCGACAGAAAGGCGGCUCGUUGGAGAAUUUCCAUCCGUCGACCAAGGUGAAAGCCCUGCUGGGCGACCUCGUGCAGUUUUCUCGGGCCAACCCUUACUCGGGCAACUACGAGCCGGAUGCCGACGACGUGCAGAUGAUCGAUAACGAGGGCAACCGGUUGGAUGACGGCGUCGUCAAAACUGUCGUUUUCUCGCAGUGGACGUCGAUGCUUGACAAGAUCGAAGAUGCGCUUGAAGCCGCUGGCAUCCGGUAUGACAGAUUGGAUGGGACCAUGCGUCGAGACGAUCGAACACGUGCCAUGGAUGCCCUCAAGCACGACCCUGGUGUCGAGGUCCUUCUUGUCAGUUUGAAGGCUGGUGGGGUGGGUCUUAACUUGACGGCCGCACAACGGGUCUACCUCAUGGACCCUUACUGGAAUCCUGCCGUCGAGAACCAGGCCGUAGAUCGUAUUCACCGACUGGGUCAAACUCGUCCCGUGACCACAAUCAAGCUGAUCAUCGAGAACACGAUCGAAGCGCGGCUGCUCGAGGUCCAGCGCAAGAAGACGGAGCUUGCGAACAUGACCCUUGGCCAGUCGUACAGCAAGUCCGAGAUGAUGGCCCGUCGCAUGGAUGAGCUGAAUGAGCUGUUCGGGUGAUUGCUAAUGCAUAUAUCAUAUGUACAUGUCUCUAUAAUUCUGUCUUGCGCGUAUAAUUCAAUCUCAAAAUGCGAAAUGGGCCGCGUUCUUGCGCGUCCCAAAUAGAUA